AUGGUCGUCUUACUAUCAUGCCGUGCGAUUGGCAACGGUGGUCGUCUGGAAUGUGACAGAACGACAUGGAUUAGGUACAACAGGGCAGUGCGUAGGGAGCGGGAGGCGAGAAGAAUGAUGCCAAGACCACUGAAGGAGACGAUCUUGCCCUUGGACUCGGAGGAGAUGCAAGCUACAGGCGGCGAGAGAAUGUCGAUGUGGAGCAGAAGGAUUUGUGAAUUAGGCUAG